UUUCAAACAGGCUGUGAAUCUGCUGCCUGAGCAACGGUAACUAAGGGGCGGGGCGAGACGCCGUGACAUCGCGAGAACACUCCGCGGGAUCCCGCAGCGCUCCUGUAUCUCAGCCUGAAGAGCUCCGAGACCAGAAUCCAGACUCAGUCCAGGACAACACGGUCCACCAGUCACAGCGGAGACCUGCAGGACGAUGGAGAACCAGAACCCGGACCACAGGAGCCAAACAGCAGCCUCGUGCUCUGAUAGCACCGAUGUUCAGAAACGGAGAGGAAGAGAUGGACUCAAGCGUCACCACUGUCAGCACUGUGACAAAUCCUACUCAACAUCUGGAUCUUUAAAGAUUCAUCAGAGAGCUCACACUGGAGAGAAACCGUACAGCUGUGAUCAAUGUGGAAAAACUUUCACUACAUCAGGUGCACUACGAGUCCACCAGCGCGUUCACAGUGGAGAGAAACCUUUCUGGUGUGACCAAUGUGGGAAAACUUUCAUUACAUCACAUAAACGAAAAAUCCACCAACGUAUUCACACUGGAGAGAAACCGUACAGCUGUCACCAAUGUGGGAAAGCUUUCCCUAGAUCAGGUGACCUAAAAAUCCACCACCGUGUUCAUAGUGGAGAAAAACCUUACUGGUGUGAACAGUGUGGGAAAACUUUCACUAAAUCUUGUAAACUAAUAAUCCACCGACGUGUUCACACUGGAGAGAAACCGUACAGCUGUGACCAGUGUGGGAAAGCUUUUACUAGAUCAGGUAAACUAAUAGUCCACCAACGUGUUCACACUGGAGAGAAACCGUACUGGUGUGACCAAUGUGGGAAAGGUUUUUCUCAGAGUAAUCACCUUAAACACCACUCCUGCAUUCACACUGUAGAGAAACCGUACAGCUGUGACCAAUGUGGGAAGGCGUUCACUACAUCAGGUAAACUAAAAAUUCACAUACGUGGUCACACUGGAGAGAAACCGUACAGCUGUGACCAGUGUGGCAAAACUUUCACUCGAUCAGGUCACCUAGAAACUCACCUACGUGUUCACACUGGAGAGAAACCGUACAGCUGUGAACAGUGUGGGAAAACUUUCACUCAAUCAGGUCACCUAGAAACUCACAAACGUGUUCACACUGGAGAGAAACCGUACAGCUGUGACCAGUGUGGGAAAACUUUCACUCAAUCAGGUGACCUAAAAAUUCACAGACGUGUUCACACUGGAGAGAAACCGUACAGCUGUGACCAAUGUGGGAAGGCGUUCACUACAUCAGGUGACCUAAAAAUUCACCUACGUGGUCACACUGGAGAGAAACCGUACAGCUGUGACCAAUGUGGGAAGGCGUUCACUACAUCAGGUGACUUAAAAAUCCACCUACGUGGUCACACUGGAGAGAAACCGUACAGCUGUGACCAGUGUGGCAAAACUUUCACUCGAUCAGGUCACCUAGAAACUCACCUACGUGUUCACACUGGAGAGAAACCGUACAGCUGUGAACAGUGUGGGAAAACUUUCACUCAAUCAGGUCACCUAGAAACUCACAAACGUGUUCACACUGGAGAGAAACCGUACAGCUGUGACCAGUGUGGGAAAACUUUCACUCAAUCAGGUGACCUAAAAAUUCACAGACGUGUUCACACUGGAGAGAAACCGUACAGCUGUGACCAAUGUGGGAAGGCGUUCACUACAUCAGGUGACCUAAAAAUUCACCUACGUGGUCACACUGGAGAGAAACCGUACAGCUGUGACCAAUGUGGGAAGGCGUUCACUACAUCAGGUGACUUAAAAAUCCACCUACGUGGUCACACUGGAGAGAAACCGUACAGCUGUGACCAGUGUGGCAAAACUUUCACUCGAUCAGGUCACCUAGAAACUCACCUACGUGUUCACACUGGAGAGAAACCGUACAGCUGUGAACAGUGUGGGAAAACUUUCACUCAAUCAGGUCACCUAGAAACUCACAGACGUGUUCACACUGGAGAGAAACCAUACUGGUGUGAACAGUGUGGUAAAACUUUCACUCAAUCAGGACACCUUGAAACUCACAGACGUGUUCACACUGGAGAGAAACCUUAUAGCUGUGACCAAUGUGGGAAGGCGUUCACUACAUCAGGUAACUUAAAGUUGCACCUACGUGUUCAUACUGGAGAGAAACCGUACUGGUGUGAACAGUGUGGGAAGGCGUUCACUACAUCAAGUGAACUAAAAAUCCACCGACGUGUUCACACUGGAGAGAAACCAUACUGGUGUGAACAGUGUGGGAAGGCUUUUACUACGGCAAGUGACCUAAAUAAACAUCAACGUGUUCACACUGGAGAGAAACCUUAUAGCUGCGGCCAAUGUGGGAAAAUGUUUACACGGAGCAGUAACCUUAAAGUCCACCAACGCAUUCAUGCUGCCUUAUCGUAGACAUUUUCAGAGCAAUGCUAGCUGGUUCCUCCUGCCUCCCUGAUACAUUAUCAUGUGACUGUGAUGGAGUAGUGAGGUCAAUAGAACAGGUUGGAUUUGCUUAAAGAGUAAUUACACACCCAUAUUCUGCAAACACCCUCUCAGCAUAUUCAAAAGAUGCAGCAGACGUAAGGGGACGCGGACCAGAGUGACCGGGAGCGACAGACUGAGCACCGCUUAGGAAGCAGCCAUGUGGAGCUGCUGUCAGACUCUCCCUGUCUGUCAGGGUUCAACCAGUAGAGGGCAGGCACUCUGCAUAUUUAUAGCACAGUAUGUAGAAUUCAAACAGUUUGCUGGAAAAUGUCAAGAUUUGGACCUGAACCCCUCAGCAACACGACUCAAUACACAUACACAUUGAUUAUGAGCUGAAAUAAGUGGUUUGAGGGUUUAGUUACUCUUUAAGAAGGCCAUGGGAUGUGGUCACAAGCUCAUUUAUUACAGAUUUAUUCCCCAAGGUCAAGAAUGAACCUCCAUACUAGUUAAAAUGUUGUUUCUCUGUGCUUCAUACAUAUUUUAUUGUUAUUUUGUUGUAGUUAAACAUAUUUUCAUUAAAUCUGUAAUUUACAUUUACAUUCACUGUUUUUAUUUUUAUUUACUGAAAUGUUUGUUUCAGACUGAAAGCAAAGCCAAAUCUAGUCGAUGCAGAUUUGCUCAAGUUGGUUCCAGCUGAAGUGACGACAUGUCAGCUCAAGCUUGAAAUGUUUCAACUAUAAGAUUUUCUUCAAUAAUUCAAGAAGAUAUACUUUUUAGUAGAGUGUUAACUACUGUGUAGCUAUAGCGGGACAAACUGUGAAUUCAAGACGUACAUGCAUGCAUUUUAUUUAAUGUGUCCUUUUGUUUUUUUCUCUUUCCACCCACUUCUUAUGGGUUGACAUGAUAUGCUGUAGAAAUAAAACCCCAUUUUUU